UCCGUGUGUCAUAGCUGCAGCGCGCGGCGUACGGGACCUGCUGUUAACGGCGCGAGUAACUGGACUCGAGGCGUUUGGAUUUGUACGGGAGCUCCACUGCGAUCAGAGAAUGCGCGCGGCACUUCCCGGUUUCCCCCGCACACUGAUCGCCGUGGCGUGAAACUGCGCGUGGCUCCCGGAGCAUGCUUCGCGACGCCGUCUCUCGCCAUGAGUUGGUCCCGACAUUGCUCGCGAGGAAUGCAGUGAGUGUCGCCGCGCGCACAGGGAGCUCGCGCAGAACCGGACUGACCAGCGAGCUCGGGAUUCUAACUAUUGUCCUUAGGAACACCGUUCUCGUGGCAUCUCUCGAGCAGGUGUUGUUUUAGUUGUCCUUUUGUCGGUUGGACCACGUGGAUGUGUGUGCACCUUUAACUCCGCCGUGAUUUCACCUCCUCGAGUUCAGGACACGAGACGCGACAUUCGUCGGUCAGAUGACAGCCCGAGGGGCUCGCGCCGCGCAAAGACGACUCUACCUGACUGCACGCGUCAACCCCAGUGUCUCGCGCGCUACAUCGACCUUUUGAAAGGUCGACACUAAAAUCCUUUUCUCGAUAGAUGAGCGCAGCGCACCAGUCGCGCGCCGCCGGCCACCUCAGCGGAAGGUAGCGCGCCCUCGUUUGCGCGGAGUUUGCCCAAACCAUCUGGAGCACAUUGCGCCGCGCGCGCUCUCCCAGUCAACUGGGGCCAACUGGAUUUUGGAGUUUGUAUCGAGCGAUGGUUUUCGCACGCCACCGCGAAAGCCUCCGUUAAGACCUGACCAGCCUGACCUCCAUGCGCUGCUGAUUCGGGAUCGGUAACCGGCGGGGAGCACGGUCGGUUUGAAUGCUCGCGGCUCUCGGUUGACUGGAUUCCCUCGCGGAGUGUGUGAGCGCGGGGUAAGAUGGAAGGGGGUGCGCGUGGCUGGACGCUUACCCUCUGUGUCCUCACCGUCUUGUGCAGAUUCGCCGUGCUCGAGACGAAAGCGCUCGAAACGGUCGUAUGGAACUCCCAAAACCCCAAGUUCGUGCUGGGAAAAGGCCUGGUCAUCUAUCCAGAGAUCGGGGACAAGCUGGACAUCGUGUGUCCUCAGGGCGAGGUGGGCCAUCCGUACGAGUUCUAUAAGCUGUACCUGGUGAAGCAGGAGCAGGUGGAGACGUGCAACACCGUCCUGGAGCCCAAUGUCCUCGUCACCUGCAACAAACCCCAGAAGGACAUCAAGUUCACCAUCAAGUUCCAGGAGUUCAGUCCCAACUACAUGGGCUUGGAAUUCCGUCGUCACACCAACUACUACAUCACUUCUACAUCUAACGGGACAUUGGAUGGUCUGGAGAACAGAGAGGGGGGAGUUUGUAGCACCAGGUCUAUGAAGAUCAUCAUGAAAGUCGGACAGGACCCAAAUGCUCCAGAUCUAUCAACUACAGACCCUCCUGAUAUGGACAAUGAGAUCAAAAAUCCAACAACUCGCCCAGUGAGAGACAGAGAGCGAUACCCAGAAGGCCCAAUAAUGCCUGGAAACAAAGACACCAGGAACCAGGGAGGUUCGGACUCCGUGGAGGAUAUCUUCGGCUCCAAACCAGCCCUCUUCGCCACCAUCAGUGCUGGCUGCGUCGUCUUCCUCCUCAUCAUCAUCAUCCUCAUUGUCCUGCUCCUGAAGCUGCGCAAGAGGACCCGCAAGCACUCGCAGCCGAGAGGCGGGGCCGCGCUGUCACUCAGCACUUUGGCCACGCCCAAAUGCUCCGCCCAGGCCGGCUCGGAGCCCAGUGACAUCAUCAUCCCUCUGAGGACCACGGAGAACAACUACUGCCCGCACUACGAGAAGGUCAGCAGCGACUACGGACACCCUGUCUACAUCGUCCAAGAGAUGCCACCUCAGAGCCCUGCCAACAUCUACUACAAGGUCUGAGAGAGGGAGCGAGAGAGAGAGAGAGAGAGAGAGAGAGAGAGAGAGAGAGAGGGAAGGCCAGAACUGUUUAAGACAUUCCCAGAACUCUCGCGAACGAGGGAACCGAACGAGGGACGCGCGACAGAACGGAAGAAGAUGGGAGAUGUGAAAAACGACAAGAAGCCUCGUGCUCCUCUCGCACGACUUUCAGACUGGACUCUUGUGUGUGUGCGCGUGUGUAUGAGUGUGUGUGUGUGGUAAUCUCCCUCUCAGUUCACAUGUAAAAGCAAACAGGAAGUAGGAAGUCAUAUGUAAACACUACAGACUCAGGCAUGGACCUCACUAGGGAAGAGCCGCUGACCAAUCACAGCGAGGCUUACCAAUGACAUCACAAAGCAGAACGCUUUCAGUUUAUUUCAGUUUGAUCAUUUUUAUCUUCUGUAUCACUUACACACACACACUCACACUCACACACACACAC